CUAGAGUCUUCUGCAACUUUCUUUUCAUGAAACUACUGUAAUCUUCUGCUAACAUAUAUAAUCUCAAACACUAUCUUCUCCAAUUUCAAUUGUCUUAUCUUUCGACUUUUCUUCUUCUUCUUCUUAAGAGAUUUUUCUCCAAGAAAGUUCGCUCCUUUUCUCUGUUCUUAACAAAAAAGUCUCGGUUUUUUUCUCUUUGUUUUGGGUACUAGCGUGAUGUCUUCUGAGAAUGAUUUCGUUGAGUUUUCUUCUAUGUUCGAGAGAAUUAUACAAGGAAGAGGUGAUGGUCUCUCUCGAUUUUUGCCGGUGAUUGUAGCUUUAGCCGCCAGAGAAGACGAUGAUGACCAAGGAUCUACCGAUCAAACAACGAGACGGGGAGAUCCGUUGAGUCCAAGGUUCGUGAUGAUCGGAUCGCGAUCGGGACUCGACGAUUUCUUUAGCGACGGUGGAAAACAAGGGAGGUCGCCGGCGUUGAAGUCAGAAGUGGAGAAUAUGCCACGUGUCGUGAUCGGAGAAGAUAAGGAGAAAUAUGGUGGUUCUUGCGCGAUUUGUUUGGAUGAGUGGUCUAAAGGUGACGUGGCGGCGGAGAUGCCUUGUAAACAUAAGUUUCACUCAAAGUGUGUGGAGGAGUGGUUAGGGAGGCACGCCACGUGUCCUAUGUGUAGGUAUGAGAUGCCUGUUGAAGAAGUUGAAGAAGAGAAGAAGAUUGGGAUUUGGAUUGGUUUCUCCAUUAACGCCGGCGACAGAAGAAACUAAGAAGACGGAGGAAGAAGAAGUUAAAAGUGACUCGAACCCUCAAGAUGCAACAUGGGGCUAGGUUUAGGUUUAGGUUUGCUAGAAUGUUUUGUAUAGUUUCGUUUUCGUUUACUGAAAUCAAUUUCGAAUUCAAUAAAAUUGGUUGCUUAAGUUGUAAGUAUUAAUCAGCAACUUGAUUCUUUCUCAUUGAAGCAAACUACAACAGAAACAAAGAUUUCAAUGUGUUAUGGCUGUGGUUGUGGGCUACCUUGAGGGCUAAGAAAUGUAUCUUCUUGCUCUUCUCGUUCUUUGAGUAUUUUGAUUCCUUG